GAAUUGUCAGUUUUGACUUUUAUCAUGGUUCAAAAUCAAUUGCAUAAUUUUUGGUCCUUUGGUAUUAGAAAUGUCUCAUUCUAAAUCUUGUCGUUGUAAACUAUGUUGCUCUAGUCCCCCGGAUUGCAACUCUUGUUAUCCAGAUUGUUGUUCUUAUCAUUGGAAAAAUCGUUUUUGCAAACUACGAAAACAAUGGUCUCCUUGCGAUAAAACAGUAGGUAGAUUCGGAGUAGCCUGGGUGGCUGAAAUACCAGACUGCGAAAACGAAGAGCCCAAAGGAUGGCAAGUCGAAAUAAUAGAUACCAGUCAGGGAAUCCUGAAGAAAUGUAAAGAACUCAUAGAUUGGCUGAACAAUCCGCCUGCUCAUUUAUUCGAUAAUAUCAAGGGAAACGAAACUUCUACCCGCUACCCCAAAUGUAAUCUGAAUACUUGUGAUGAAUCUUGGGAAGAACCAUGUUCUAUAAGAGAUACACCCAAAAAGUGCGAAGAGAUCAGGGUUCCUAAAAGAUGUAAAAUCAAUUGUAGCGAAGAAAAAGUUGUAGAGUGCAUUCCACAUUGUGGCUCGCAAACUUGUUUGAAUGACUAUCGUUCUAAGUGUAAGAACCGAAACAAAACAUGUCAUAGUGAAUGUUGCGAGGAAAAUAUUGUAGAGUAUCUUCCACGUUGUGACUCACAAACCUGUUUGAAUGAUAACCGCCCCAAAUGUAAAAACCGGACCAAAACAUGUCACAAUAAAUGUUGCGGAGAAAAAGUGGCAGAGUAUCUACCAUGUUGUGACUCGCAAACGUGUCUGAAUGAUAGCCAUCCCAAAUGUAAAAAUCGAAACAAAACAUGUCACAAUAAAUAUUGCGAAGAAAAGAUUGUGGAAUGCCUCCCAUGUGACACUCAAACUUGUCUGAAUGAUAAUCGUCCCAAAUGUAAAAACCGAACUAAAACGUAUCACAAUAAGUAUUGUGAAGAUUGCCGUCCGAAAACAUCUGAAGACUGUUCCGACCGUGAAAGCUCAAAAAGUCGUCAUUCUAGAUGUCACUGGUCGACUUCUGUACCAAACGAAGGUGAUGAUGGUGUUUUUCGAAAGGAAAGUUGUUGCUGUCAAUGCCAUGAAAAAUUCUUCAAAAAUGUAGGUACAACAUACGAAAUCGAUAUCGUACCUCAAAGGGAUCAUACAGAAAACACUAUCAAGAGCAUAACAUCCCAAAUGAGCGAGCUGGAUUCGAAAAUUAUAUGUGCCGGUAUUAGAACGAGUCAGAUCUGCAAAAAAGUUAAAGAGGAGAGGAGGAACCAACUGAUUGAGAAACACGAAAAAGAAUUGAAUACGGUUAUUGCUAAUGGAUCAACAGAUGAGGAAGCAACAAAGAGCUUGUACAUGAGUUCUCAGCUAGAUAAUCAGAGUGUAAUGAACAGUAAAUUGAUCGCGAACUCCAUUGGCAGUCAAAGACGUUCCAGUAAAUUUCGUAGGAAAGAAUCAACUUGAUCUUCCAAAGACGCAUUUUUUCAAAAAUAAUAUUCAAUACAGAUGAUGAUUUUUACAUUACAAUUGUUUUGUUAUUUUCAUAAAAAUGCAAUUAGUACCUACAUACCAUCAAUUCAUUCAAAUUUGGGCAAAGUGAAGUUUGUUUUCUUACAAGAUAAUAGAAAAUCAUAAUAUAAAAUCUUUUGAACAGA